AUGAAUUUUAACAUCACAGUGACAUUUAACAGUUCUCUAUGUCAUCUUACAAUUGAUAAUACCAAUAGCUUAAUAAUCAUGAAUUAAAUUCAAUUGAUGACCUUUCCUCUCAAUCUAGAUUCAAAUAUUAUAUGGAGAUUAGAAAAAAAUAUAAUACGAGGUUUUGAAAUAAGUACAUUUUUCUUUUCAGGAGAUCAUUAUGAUCUAUUGAAACUCAAAACACAUUUAGGUCAACUUAUUAUCUAUAAGAAGAUUAAUAAUAUGUAUCAUUUCCUUAACACUCUUGGAAAAGGCAAUUAUUCAUAAGUAUGCUUGCUUCAGUGUAAAAUUACAAAUAAAUUAUAUGCUGCAAAAUGUAUGAAAAAAGAAAAUUAAGGUGUUGUUAAUGAUAUUAAAAGGGAAAUUUUCAUUUGGUCUACGUUGCAACAUAAAAACAUUGCCAAAUUCUAUGAAGUCUAUGAAAGUGCAAAUUCUAUAUAUAUUGUUAUGGAAAAACUUAAUAAUUUAAGAAAUGAUUACGAUCAUGAAGAAAUUAAAUUAAUUAUGAAAGUAAAAUCAAAUUUAAUUAAAUUUUUUAGGAUAUUUUGGAAGGUGUUCAUUAUAUUCAUUCUAGAAAUAUUAUUCAUAGAGAUUUAAAAAUAGAUAAUAUAUUAAUUGAUGAUGAAAAUUAAGUUAAAAUUAUAGAUUUUGGAUUAGCAUGUCAAUUUAUACAUUUAGAAUCUAGAAGUAUCACUUGUGGUACUCCUGGUUAUAUAGCUCCAGAAGUUCUUACUAAUAAACCCUUUGAUUAUAAAUCUGAUAUAUUCAGUGUAGGAGUUGUUAUGUAUUAACUAUAUUUUAAUAAACAUUUAUUCCAAGCUGAAUAAGUUAUUGACAUCCUUAAACUUAAUAAGAAAUUCACUAUAUCUCGAUUGUCAGUACUCAAUAUACCAGAUUGUGGAUAUCAAUUUUUAAGAAGUUUAUUAAAUCAUAAUCCAUUAUAAAGAAUAACAGCUUCAUAAGCUCUCUAACAUUGGUAUAUGAAUUCAAUUAAAGAGGAUCAUUUUAUUAAGAUUCCAAGAAAUCCUAAUCCAAAAUUCAAAGAAUACAUAUAAUUAUCAUCAGUAAUGUACUCAAAAACUACUAUAACUUCUUUUAAUAAAAUUUAUUGA